GUUAAGCCUUAAUGAAAUAUCUAUCUCUCUCUCUCUGUUAUGUGUUCUUUCUUGUAUAUAAAGACCUAAGCUGAAGCAACCCAAACACCAUUUAGAAGAUAAACUCUUUGUGACUAAAGUACAGAAAGUCUUUGAGAUCACAGGAAACUCUGCUUCUCAAAUCCACAGGUUUUAAGAAAAUGAGUCGAAGAAGUCCAAAGCCCGAGUUGAAGCUGAAUCUUUCGCAGCCUACGUCAAGCAGGAGGAGGGUUGUUCGAUCUCCAAGCCGCUCUGCGACGACUUCACCUACCUCACCGCAAAGCUCGUGCGUCUCUUCAGAGAUGAACCAGGAUGAGACCUCUGUGAGAUACUCAACAAGUCCAGAGACAAGCUCGAUGGUACUUGUCGGGUGUCCACGUUGUCUCAUGUACGUUAUGCUCUCACAAGACGACCCUAAAUGCCCUAAAUGCAAAAGCACCGUUCUUCUUGAUUUCAACCACGAAAACGCCUCAAACGCAAACGCUCCAGCCGCUUCUUCCUCUGGUCGCAAGACUCGGAGGAACUGAAUGAUCAGUAAAACCAAAAAAAUCUUCGUGUCUUUAUUUAUUUAUUUGCGAAUGUAGCUGUUGUUUACGAGAGUAGUGCUAUUUACGCUCCACUUUAUAAACUUGGAUAAGAAGGUAAGAGAUGAAACUAGGGUUUUCAUUCUCACUAAACUUCAAAUCAAAAAGGGUGGAGCGUGAAUAGCACUAACUUUCCUUUUUCGUAUCUUUUCUUAACAUUUUUCUACCAUUUGGUUAUCUAAUGGAAGAAGAAUCUAUCUGUAUGUGAAAAAUGUGUGUUAUUGUCUCCGUACUCUACUCCUGAGUUCUUAUAAAUCGUCUUAACCAUCCAUUUCUUGGCAACCCUCUUAACAAAAUCGAUGAUCUAAGUUAGAUUCCAAAUGUUUUUGGGAUACUC